AUGUCUCCUCGACUCCCCAGCAUGCCCCGGCAGGAGGUGUGUGUACUGUCCCACAGACAAGAGGUGUGUGUACUGUCCCACAGACAGGUGUGUGUACUGUCCCACAGGCAGGAGGUGUGUGUACUGUCCCACAGACAGGUGUGUGUCCUGUCCCACAGACAGGUGUGUGUACUGUCCCACAGACAAGAGGUUUGUGUACUGUCCCACAGACAGGAGCUGUGUGUCCUGUCCCACAGACAGGAGGUGUGUGUACUGUCCCACAGACAGGAGGUGUGUGUACUGUCCCACAGACAAGAGGUGUGUGUCCUGUCCCACAGACAGGAGGUGUGUGUACUGACUCACAGACAGGAGGUGUGUGUACUGUCCCACAGACAGGAGCUGUGUGUCCUGUCCCACAGACAGGUGUGUGUACUGUCCCACAGACAGGAGGUGUGUAUACUGUCCCACAGACAGGAGCUGUGUGUCCUGUCCCACAGACAGGUGUGUGUACUGUCCCACAGACAGGAGGUGUGUGUACUGUCCCACAGACAGGAGGUGUGUAUACUGUCCCACAGACAGGUGUGUGUACUGUCCCACAGACAGGAGCUGUGUGUCCUGUCCCACAGACAGGUGUGUGUACUGUCCCACAGACAGGAGGUGUGUGUACUGUCCCACAGACAGGAGGUGUGUGUACUGUCCCACAGACAGGAGGUGUGUGUACUGUCCCACAGACAGGUGUGUGUACUGUCCCACAGACAGGAGGUGUGUGUCCUGUCCCACAGACAGGAGGUGUGUGUCCUGUCCCACAGACAGGAGGUGUGUGUCCUGUCCCACAGACAGGAGGUGUGUACUGUCCCACAGACAGGAGGUGUGUGUACUGUCCCACAGACAGGAGGUGUGUACUGUCCCACAGACAGGAGGUGUGUGUCCUGUCCCACAGACAGGAGGUGUGUACUGUCCCACAGACAGGAGGUGGUGUGUUGGUGA